AUGUGCUGGCUGCCCGGGGGCGGCGCCGCCCACCCUGCGCUGCUGUGGGCGCAGCCGGCGCUGCUGCUGCAGUCCUUCUCUCCGCUGGUGGCGCCGCGGCACGCCGCCCAGCAGCCGCUGUCGCCCGAGAAGGCCAAGCUCGGCUGCGCCCUGGGCAGAGUGCCGCGCCCAGGUGACGUCACGCUGGCGGUGACGGAGGUGAGCGGCGAGCCGGAGGAGGCGCCGCUGAACCUGUGCACCAAGCCGCGCGCGCUCACCAUCUGGUCGCCGGGCAGCCAGUGUGAACGCGAGAGCGAGGGCGGCGCCAGGACCGCCCCGCCGCCCACCGCCGCACCCGCCGGCGUCACCCCCGCCGCCCCCACCACCGCCGCGGACACCGCCGCUGUGCCGCCGCAGAGGCCGCCGCCCCACGAGAGGACGUUCCAGUGCAAGCAGUGCGGGAAGUCGUUCAAACGGUCGUCGACGCUGUCGACGCACCUGCUGAUCCACUCGGACACGCGGCCCUACCCCUGCCAGUUCUGCGGGAAGCGCUUCCACCAGAAGUCCGACAUGAAGAAGCACACCUACAUACACACAGGGGAGAAGCCGCACAAGUGCGUCGUGUGCGGCAAGGCGUUCAGCCAAUCGUCGAACCUCAUCACGCACAUGCGCAAGCACACCGGCUACAAGCCCUUCUCGUGCGGCCUGUGCGAGAAGGCGUUCCAGCGCAAGGUCGACCUCCGCCGGCAUCGCGAGAGCCAGCACCCCAGCGCGCCGCUCACCUGAGGCCGCGGCGGCCGCCAGCC